UAAAUUCGUGUAAAUUCGUCAAAUCGUGCUUACUAUUACUAGGUAUUUUGUAAUUUCAAAUUUGUCCUAAAAUAUGAAUAAAUCAAUUUUAUUAGUACUGGUUCUAUUUAGUUAUUCAUCAUAUUGUGCGAACGAAGUUGAAGUCAAGUCAGAGGAAGAUGUAGGAGUUAAAUACGCUAACAGAUGCGAAGUUUGCAAGAUCCUCGCGACGGAACUUCAAAGCCGGCUCGAGGAGACGGGGAAGUCCCACGAUGUCAUCGAGAUCGGCUACUCUCUCGAUGAUGUUCAACCGAAGAAGAAAACAAAGUAUCAAAAGUCUGAGCUGCGACUCAUCGAGUCACUGGAGGGAGUCUGCGACAAGAUAUUGGAGUACAAUAUCCACAAAGAGCGCGGGGACAGCACCAGGUUCGCCAAAGGUAUGAGCCAAACGUUCAAGACCUUGCAUGGACUAGUGGAUAAGGGUGUCAAAGUGGAUCUGGGUAUUCCACUUGAGCUAUGGGACAAGCCCUCGGCUGAGAUCACACACAUGAAGACACAGUGCGAGAGUCUGCUAGAAGAGAAUGAGGAGGUGGUGGAGGACUGGUACUGGAACCACCAGGGGGACACGGACCUGAAGCUGCACCUGUGCACCAAGCACGCACUGCAGGGCACCGAUGACUCAUGCUUGUACGAAAACUUGAAUACCAAAGGUGAUAAAUCUGAACUAUGAAAGUAGACUCAGGUAUUGUGAUACAGACAUUCAACAGUGAGAGUAUAAAUCUUUUUUACAGGUAGCAUUUAAGAUUGUAACUUAAUGUAUCCAUGCUUUUUCUUCUAUGGAGCAUACUGAGAUAUAAACAAUCAAACUCUAAAAUCAUGGGUCUAGAGCGGAGUUAAAAUAAUUUCAUUCCAUUUUGUAUAAAAAAGGCUGUUAUUAUAAGAUCACUAUCACUUUUGUAAUUUAUUUUACUUAGGAUGAAAUAAAAUGUAAGUAAAGGUUUAUAAUUCAA